GCGCAGCAGCAGCCGAGCUUUACGGCUAUGGCCACUCCGACGUGCUCUUCAAGCCAACGUUGGCAUCCGUGAACCAGUUCCGACCAACUGCAAACGGUGCCUUGUCGUACUUUGUGGGGAAUGCAAACGUUGCGAAUGGCUAUGCGGAGGAUGGCGGCUUUGCCAUCAAUGGUGGCAAGGGUUGGUCUGCAGUUGUCUUUGAGAACCACCAGAUCGAGAUCAAUGGCAAUGUUGCAGCUGCCAUGGGCAACUACUACUUUACGAGUGCCGACGAUGGCAAAGUGUCCAAGGUUGAGUACAGCUUCGGCUACAAGAGGAGCGAGGAUGGUAAGCUGCGGAUCUUCCUCCACCAUUCUUCCAAGCCGUACGAGAUGCCAAUCUCUCGGGCAGAGGUGCUUGCCGUGCAAGAUGCCUGGGCCAAUGCUGUCGUGAACAUCUCAAACACUUACCUUGCUGGUGGUGACUUCGUGGCAGUGGCUGGAGCAGCAGCCGCCGAGCUUUACGGUUAUGGCUACUCCAACGUGCUCUUCAAACCGACGUUGGCAUCCGUGAACCAGUUCCGACCAACUGCAAACGGUGCCUUGUCGUACUUUGUGGGGAAUGCAAACGUUGCGAAUGGCUAUGCGGAGGACGGCGGCUUUGCCAUCAAUGGUGGCAAGGGUUGGUCUGCUGCUGUCUUUGAGAACCACCAGAUCGAGAUCAAUGGCAACGUUGCAGCUGCCAUGGGCAACUACUACUUCACGAGUGCCGACGAUGGCAAUGUGUCCAAGGUUGAGUACAGCUUCAAUUACAAGAGGACCGAAGAUGGGAAUAGAGCCACAAUGGACACGGCCAAUGACGUCUCCAACACUGCAAUGGACAAGGCAUCGAAGGACAUCUCCAAAGAUCUUCUUGCCCUGCAGAAGACCAACCAGAGGCUGAUGGGUGGCAUGAUGUGCAUGGGGCUAUUGGCCUUGGUGACAUGUGGUGUGUCAAUUGCUGUGGCAGUGCUGGUGCAGGACUGCACGGACUCUCAGGAAACGAGUGCCAACAUGGCCAUCUCAGCAAACGAUGUGUUGUUGGUGCAGGAUGCCUGGGCCGAUGCUGUCCUGAGCAUCUCAAACACUUACCUUGCUGGCGGUGCCUUUGUCGCAGUAGCAGGCGCAGCAGCAGCCGAGCUCUACGGCUAUGGCCACUCCGACGUGCUCUUCAAGCCAACGUUGGCAUCUGUGAACCAGUUCCGACCAACUGCGAACGGUGCCUUGUCGUACUUUGUGGGGAAUGCAAAUGUUGCGAAUGGCUAUGCGGAGGACGGCGGCUUUGCCAUCAAUGGUGGCAAGGGUUGGUCUGCAGUUGUCUUUGAGAACCACCAGAUCGAGAUCGUGCUUGCCGUGCAAGAUGCCUGGGCCAAUGCUGUCGUGAACAUCUCAAGCACCUACCUUGCUGGUGGUGACUUCGUGGCAGUGGCCGGAGCAGCAGCCGCCGAGCUUUACGGUUAUGGCUACUCCAACGUGCUCUUCAAACCAACGUUGGCAUCCGUGAACCAGUUCCGACCAAAUGCGACUGGUGCCUUGUCGUACUUUGUGGGGAAUGCAAACGUUGCGAAUGGCUAUGCGGAGGACGGCGGCUUUGCCAUCAAUGGUGGCAAGGGCUGGUCUGCUGCUGUCUUUGAGAACCACCAGAUCGAGAUCAAUGGCAACGUUGCAGCUGCCAUGGGCAACUACUACUUCACAAGUGCCGAUGAUGGCAAUGUGUCCAAGGUUGAGUACAGCUUCAAUUACAAGAGGACCGAAGAUGGGAAGCUUCGGAUCUUCCUCCACCAUUCUUCCAAGCCCUACAGUCCUUGA